GAGUAGCAGUAGCAGAGAAGCAAAGGAAGCGAAGAAAAUGCCGAUUCUGCUGUCGGAACUCAUAAUCGAGAUUUUGUUGAGGCUGCCUGUGAAAUCCCUGGUUCGUUUCAAAUGUGUGUGUAAGUCAUGGCUUUCUCUUCUCUCUGAUCCAUACUUUGCAAUAUCUCAUUUUCAACGACUCACCGCCGCAAGCACUGCCAGACUUUUGCUCAUAGCGCCUCCUAAUCCUGGAAUUCGUUCUAUAGAUUUCAACGCAUCCCUUCACGAUGAUUCUGCAAUGUAUACAUUAAACCUAGACUUUCUAUCUCCCAACGAUUAUAGUGAUUUUCGCAUAGUAGGUUCCUGCAGAGGAUUUUUACUUCUGAACUCUUAUCAAAGUCUCUGGGUGUGGAAUCCAUCAACGGGUGUCCACAGAAAAUUACCUUCCACUCUUAUUGAGUCAAAUUUUAAGACAUUUCUCCUUGGUUUCGGAUACGAUCCAUCAGCUGAUGACUAUUUAGUGGUUAAAGCGUCAUCAUAUGACAAUCCAAUGCGGGGGUUCGAUAAAGCAACAAACCGUGUGGAGUUUUUCUCGCUGAAAACUAAUGUGUGGAGAGAUGUUGAGGCUAACAAUUUGUCUUAUGUGAACUACAAUGAUGAUAUCAAGGGAGGGGCACUUUUGAAUGGUGCUAUUCAUUGGUUCGCUUUUCCCUCUGAUGUACGACACGGUGUCAUUGUUGUCUUUGAUUUAACGGGAAGGAGUCUCUCAGAAAUGCUUUUGCCGGAUGAACUUUUAGAUCAUUAUGACCUUGAUACUUGUGAAUUGUUGGUGCUUGGAGAUUUGCUUAGUAUAAGUUUUCUGGAGAUGGACCGUUCAGUGGAAAUAUGGAUGAUGGAAGAGUACGGAGUGGAGUCAUCAUGGACAUUGACUAUUGUUGUGUCUGCUGAAGACAUUCCUGCUGAUAGGUUUUUCUUCCCAAUAUGCUACACAAGAGGUGGUGAUAUUUUUGGGACAGAUGCAUCUACUGGACUGGCAAAAUAUAAUGACAUGGGAGAGCUGCAAGAGCAUCGAUCCUAUUGUAAUCGUCGUGAUGCAUUCGAGGUGGCUGUGUAUACAGAGUCACUGUUUUCAUUCCCCAUGUAA